AGCGAAUCAUUUCCCUCCCUUCCUUCCAGGCAUAGCUGUUUUCUUGAAGUUCCUUGGGAAUUUCUUUUCCACUAUUCUCCCUCCUCCAGAGCGUGUCUCACAAAAACAUCUUGGGCUUUAACUUUACAGCAGCAUUUCCCUCUUCAGAGACUUAAACGGGACCAUCUGUGUGUCUGAGGGAAGAACAUGCUGGUGUCGUAAUGUUUGGCCAGGUUAUUGAUCCGAUUGUGUGGCGUCAGAUGCACAGCCCAUGACCUCUAGUGAUGUGAGGUGAACGGUGGCUUGUGCCGUUGCGGAAGGUCUGUGUGAUAUUGGGUUACUUUCUGAAUGAUUCUCCUGUACCCACAGUGGGUGCCAGCCCUUUGUAAGAUAUUUCUGAUUUGGAAACCAAAGAGGGUCACCUUGUACCCGAAGAGUAUGUUAAGUACACAAAGGAGGAAGAAAUGUUCAGCCAUUUAACUUUAAUGGAAAAUUGAUUAGUGAUGGCAGUAUUGGAAGUUCAGCAUAAUCAAUAGUUCUUUUUCAUUUUUGCUGUUGGAAAGAAAGCUUAUCACCUCGUUUCACUCAGUCGGAAUGUUAAAGCAUCCUUGUGGAUUACGCUAGACGAAAUAGACUUUUGAUAUUUCAUCGGAACUCGCCAUUUUCAAGCCUUUUCUUUUGUCUACAUUGUGGAGUUUAUAGAUUCUUCCAAAAGCAGUUUAUACUAGCAUGACAGUGUAAUCCCAGGAACACUUAUGUCUUUGCACAGAUUAAGAGAAAGGCACGAGGGUCAUGGUAGUAGAUCAUCGCCCAGAGUCACUCAAGUCCUUCAUAAUGUGUUAUCUUCUGUGCGCCGCUCACUGCCCAGGAGGGGCUGGAGGAAAAGCUCUCACCAAGCAUGUUCUGAUGACAUCAUGCAUCAGGACACCUUCCCAAUGUGUGCCGCAGAUAUUGAGGAUCAGCUGAAGAAGCAGUUUGCCUACUUGUCAGGUGGAAGGGGAGAAAAUGGAUGUCCUGUCAUCACUUUCCCAGAAUACCCUGCAUUCAGCGAGAUCCCGGAGGCAGAAUUCCAGAACGUACUGACAUAUCUAACAAGUGUGCCCAGUUUACAAGAUGCGGGAAUUGGAUUUAUCCUAGUCAUUGACCGGAGACUAGACAAAUGGACAUCUGUGAAAGCGUCAAUACUAAGGAUUGCGGCAUCAUUCCCAGGGAAUCUGCAGCUUGUCAUUGUUUUGCGUCCUGCAGGAAUCUUCCAUCGCACCCUGGCAGACAUUGCCUUGAGAUUCAACAAAGAUGACUUUAAAAUGAAGGUACCGAUCAUAAUGCUGAAUUCAGCUGCAGAAUUACAGAACUACGUUGACAAGACACAGCUUACAAGGGACCUAGGUGGCACACUGGAUUAUUGCCAUAAAAACUGGCUUUUACAUCGGACGGCCAUAGAAAGUUUUGCACUAAUGGUGAAGCAGACAGCACAGACACUGCAAGCCUUUGGAACAGAGUUGGCUGAGACAGAGCUCCCCAAUGAUGUGUCUACAACCACUGCUCUUCUAGCUGUGCACACUGAGAAGAAAGACAAGAUGAAGGAUGAUCUGAAGCUGGCUUUGAAGCAGGGUAGUGACAUCCUGGAGCAGAUCCAGCAACCUGUUAAAGAAAACCCAGAAUACAAGAUGAAUCAAGACCAAACGGACAACCAGACAACUGUAGAGAGGCUCAUCAUACAACUUGAUGAAACAGAAACAGCUUUUGAUGAAUUUUGGUCUAAACACCAACUAAAGCUUGAACAGUGUCUGCAACUUCGACAUUUUGAGCUGAAAUUUCGAGAGAUUAAGGCUGCUCUGGAUAGUAUCUCUGAGAGGGCAACAACAUACAGAGAUGUAGGGAACAGCUGCUCACAUGUAGAACACAUAGUGAAGGAUCUCUGCAGUUUUGAGGAAAAGUCCCAGGAAGAGAUACAGUCUGCACAAGCCUUAGCAAGAGAAGGUGACCAUCUCAUUCUAAGCAAUCACUAUGCAGUGGACUCUAUCCUUCCAAAAUGCAAUGAGCUUCAUCACUUGUGUGGUAGCAUCAGCAGUCACAUCCAGCAAAGAAGGGAAUACCUUUACAAGUCUUUAGAACUACAUCGACGCCUAGAGAAGACAAUGGAAUGGUGUGAUGAAGGUAUUUACCUACUGGCUUCUCAACCAGUGGAUAAGUUCCAGUCCCAGGAUGGGGCAGAAUCAGCACUGCAAGAAAUAGAACGGUUCCUUGAAAGUGGCACUGAAAACAUCAUAAAGGACUUGCCUACAGUUUUGGCACAGUAUGAAGCAAUUCUCAACUCGGAGUUACAGGAGCAUGUCAAUAAAGUGUUCCAGAAGCAGCAAAGUACACAAGAAAUGUUUGAGAAGCGGAAAGGAAGCCUUCGAAAAUUAGCUGCUAAACAGACUCGGCCUGUGCAGCCUGUAGCGCCUAGACCAGAAGCCUUUGUCAAGUCCCCCAAUUCCUCUCCAGUUCUCCAAAGGGCUUCAGAGCUCAGAGGUAGUCCUGAAAAUGUUCUUCAAAGAAGAAUGAACUACCGGAGAACAAAGAGUGAGGUGGAUGGUCCAGUCAGGAGUUGUUCUGUGAUGGAAGAUGAAGAAAAUCUGGCUGUUUUAAGAAGGCAUGUCAUGAAUGAACUCAUUGAGACAGAAAGAGUUUACGUUGAAGAACUUCUCUCUGUUCUUGAGGGCUAUGCUGCUGAAAUGGAGAGUCCCUUAGUAAUGCACCUGCUUUCUCCAAUGCUUCACAAUAAGAAGGAUGUCUUGUUUGGCAAUAUGGAAGAGAUCUACCACUUUCAUAACAGGAUAUUUUUGAGAGAAUUGGAAACCUACAUUGACUUUCCGGAGCUAGUAGGGAGAUGUUUUCUGGAAAGGAUGGAAGAUUUCCAGAUAUAUGAGAAGUACUGCCAGAACAAGCCCAGGUCAGAGAGUCUGUGGCGUCAGUGCUCAGAUGCAGCUUUUUUCCAGGAAUGUCAGAGGAAGCUCGAUCACAAGCUUAGUCUGGACUCUUAUUUACUAAAGCCUGUACAGAGGAUAACAAAGUACCAGCUUUUACUAAAGGAAAUGCUGAAGUACAGUAAGAACUGUGAAGGAGCUGAAGAUCUGCAGGAAGCUUUGGCUUCUAUUCUUGGUAUACUCAAGGCUGUCAACGACUCCAUGCACCAGAUAGCCAUCACUGGUUAUGAGGGAAACUUGAAUGAUCUUGGGAAACUUUUGAUGCAAGGCUCUUUCAGUGUCUGGACUGAGCAUAAAAAAGGCCAUUCCAAAGUAAAGGACCUGGCAAGGUUUAAACCAAUGCAGAGACACUUGUUUCUGCAUGAGAAGGCUGUACUGUUCUGCAAGAAGAGGGAAGAGAAUGGGGAGGGCUAUGAGAAGGCCCCCUCUUAUAGCUUCAAACAUUCCUUAAAUAUGUCAAAUGUUGGAAUAACAGAGUAUGUAAAGGGAGACAACAAAAAAUUUGAAAUCUCUUACAAUUUAAGAGAAGAAGUUUACAUUGCUCAGGCUCCAACACCUGAAAUAAAAGCUACUUGGGUAAAUGAAAUUAGAAAGGUGUUGACCAGCCAGCUACAAGCAUGCAUAGAAGCCAGCCAGCACAAGUCUGUUGAGCAGACCAAAAGUUCUCCCCUACCAACUCAGUCUAGCACCAGUCCUUCGAGAAGUAAAUCGGGAAAGAUUAAAAAACUGGAAGAGAGAAAAACUGAGCCCUUAAUAAGUCCCGAAUCCACUGUAGUGACUUUACCAAAGUACCUUGAGAAAAGUAAAGAUGGCACAAUUUCUAGCCCUACCUCAGAAUCUUCUGCAGUUUCAAAAAAGCGCUUCACUUUGCAGGGUUUCCCUAACCUCAAAACUCAGAAAGCUUCCCCUACCAGCCCUGACAAAAAAACUAAACGCCAUGAAGUAAAGAGUGACCCAACUCCAUUUGGUUUAAGAGGUUGGAACAGAACAUCCCAAUCAAUGGACGCCUCAGAAGAAAAUAAUGAUGGAUGGUCUAGUGGGGAAGAUCCAAUGAAUUCUUCUGAUGCUGAGGAAGAAGGUGGUGAAACAGUGGAUAAAAAGUUGUGCCCUGGGAAAUAUACAGUAGUGGCUGACUAUGGAAAGAGUGGUUCAGAAGAGCUUCUAGUGAAAAGUGGAGAUACAGUUCAGCUUAUACGAGAAGAAGAGGAGGGAAUGUGGAUUGUAAAGAAUCUAAGUACCAACAAAGAAGGAAUAGUGCCUGCCAGCAACCUAAUGACUCUUAUUGGAACUUCCAAGUCAGUGCAUUCUCUUAGCAGUUCAGAAUCAGGAACAGCUUCCAGCACUUUAAGCACCUCGUCAAGUUGCAGUGAAAGCUGUAAUGCCAGCAGCACCAGCUUUUCAGAUAUCAAGGGCUGAACUUCAACAAAAUAUGAAUGCAUGAAUGACCCGGUUGGCUAAGUCCAGACUGCAAAAACGAAUGGAAAGAACAGGGUGGAAAAAUGCCUGGCGGAGGUCCAAGAGUGAAGAUGAUUACCUGUUCCACCAAAUAGGCACAAAGUGCCUUCAUAGCUCUCCUUGCCCUGAUCAGUUGCAUGCGAACAAUCCAAGCCAAUGAAUAGGGUAGUCAAGGAGGAAUGAUGUCACGUGCCAGAGUGAACCACAUUUGAACUCUGCACUUUCUGUAUUUGAAGUUCAGUUUACACAGCUAAAACCAGUGUUUACACAUCAACAAUUCACUUUCUUGUGGUGAAUACCAUCACCACUGCAGAACUACGUGUCUCAGUGUGACAUCAAAUAUGGAUGGUGCUUUAGCUCCACAUUCCAAGACUGUGCACUUUCCACAAGUGCAUCCAAUUCUUCACAUACAGGUGCAAAAUGAAUCCAUAAGGACUAUUAUACUUUGUACCCUUUUUUUGUACUGUGUUGUUUAGACCAGCUCAAUGUUUUGUGACUCAAUUUUUAAAAGAAAGAAAACACUGUCAGUUUUACACGGCGUGAGAAUUUGAUACAAGAUAAUUUUUUUCCAUACUUCAGAAGCAAGCCUUUGUAACCGUAGAACACUCGUUUAGACUGAAGUGUAUUCGUUUAGCUUGCAUUGGCAUUUUAAAAUAGCUACUCCAAAACAUUAAAUUGACCUGGUGUUUUCAGGAUGCCUUGGGGAAAGCAUAAACCAUAACGUACACUUAUACUAUUUAAAACACACUAGUAAAAAUUAAAAUUCUAUAGAGCACUUUUAUUUUUAUUGGAAGAAGGAAUAUGAGGGAGAAUAAUAUUUACCAGGUUCAGGAGAUGUUUGGUUCCUCACUUUACUCCCCACACUAUAAUUCUCCUUGUACCCAUACAUGGAGUACAAUUUCCACAAAAGCCAAACCGUUUUAUCUCAGAUUGUCAGAAUAUUGAUCAUGAUAUUGAUCCUCCUAUAUACAUAGGUUGGAACGUUUCCAAUGAUUGUCUUCUGGUCCUGUGUGUAGAACUUUAAAGCGAGGCUACUAUAUGGUCAUUGGCUGUUCUGUGUUUACCAGGAGUGAAAGCAGGAUGAUCGCCAAAGGGUGGUGGAUGGUAAAAAUACCUCAUGUAUGGGUAUCAUAACUUAACACUUAUCUAAUUUUUUUUUUUUUUUAUUAUUGAGCAUAAAUGUAGCUCCCAAUCUCUUAUUCCCAGCUGGGCUGGUUUCAGAAUUGCAAUAUAUGCUUUACAAGUGUUUCUUUUUACAUUAUUUCCAGAUUACUGUUUUUCUUAUAUGGGCUUAUAUGCUUUCUUUCUCAUAGAGGCAAAAUGUUAUUUGGUCAUAGAGAUGAAUGAUCACAUCUGAAUCAGGACAUAUCAGAUUGCUGUUUUCCCUGUUAUAAGAUGGCCUGAAAGGUGUCUCCCCAAGUCUAUGUCUCUCUUGCCAGCCCCAAUCGCAUUCAAAAACUCUUUGAGCAUACAGCGCUCCUUUUCACCUUUACCCCUAAAUAGAAGCACUCAAGAUGACUUAAGUGCUGCUGUUUAAAGUGACUCAGUCAGAAAAUUAAAAGUUAAUAAAAGGAAAGAAAAGGGUAAUUACCCAUCUCACUGCUCAUGCUGCUGAUUUUCUCUCUAUGUCACUACAGGACAUGGUAAUGAAGUAGGGGCUGGUAGAAGGAAACACAGGACUUCGAAGGGGACCAGGUUUCCCACACACCUUAAAGUGACACUAAACUAUGUCUAAAUAUUAGUAGAAUAUUCAUACCUCCCAUCUCUCUUUCCCUUUUCAUCUAUCAAAUGCAAGCUUUUUUUUCUGCUGUUCUCAGACUUCCUGUUCUAGGGUGGAUACAUUCGUUCUCCAUGCCCCUCUUGUGUAUGUGAAUGUAGGCACCCUUUCCUGCUCACCACCAAGAUGGACUACACAUCUACCUGCAGACACUUUCAGCUCUAUUGGAAUUGUAGCACACAGAGCACAGCAUGUAAACAGAAAUAAUGGCACUGCUCACUCUACACUAGUAGUGGUGAGAUACAUCAGUGGAGGAUAGGGAGCGUGCACAGGACAAAACAGAAGUCUGAAAACAAUGGUAAUAGACUUUUAAACAAAUAUCAAAAGAAAACAGAAUCAUGUUAUGAUUGAUGUAAAAUAAAAUUGUGUGCUUAGUGCUAAAAAUUCUACAGACAAAAAUGGCCUCCAGGGAGAAAAUUGCCCAGAAAAUAUUGUGAGAUAGACUGCUCACUAACUUCCAUGGCCAGCUUUAGUUAACCUGUAAAACAGACCAUAAAACAUCUUUUGCAGUUUUUCACAUGCCCAAGGGCAAACGUGACAGUUCUGGACAGCGUAAACAUAAGCUAGCAAUGAUUGUGCAGUAAGCAAGAAUACCAAUUACGAAAUGUAUUUGAUACUGAAUGAGCAAAUUGAUGUAGUCAUACAGUGACUGCCUGUCAGUAAAAUGCAGUCAAGAUGUGACUACUGCUUUUACUUCCACAAUGAACUCAUGCAGUUUGGGCACCAACCAUUCAAGACAUUUAUGACAGCAUUGGUAUUUGGCACUUUAAUUUCUGAAAAUAUUAGUGGUCAUAUUCAUUUCAACGUUGCUAUGUAGUAUGUUUAUGUGCUAGAUCUGAUGCACACAACUAACUUUCUAGAGUAGACUGAAUCCUUAUCAUAUUUUUUUAUUUAUUUUUUACUGGAAAGCAUAUUCAUGAUGUAUGAUUUUGGGCAGACUUUAGAGGUAUCAACUGCGAUGUACCCUUAAAGCAUCAGAAUGGGAUGCCAAAAAAAAUUAUGUUAAAAAAAAAAGCAGAUGACCCCCACAUUAGUGACUCCUUAAUAAUACUGCAAAUUGUCAACCUCCUCAUAUUAUUUUCUUUUUGGCAUUUAGAUUAAACCAGUGGUUUUAUGUAAAAUAUCUUCUGUAUUAAAUAUACAAGAACGUUUUCAUAUAAAACUUAAAAAUGGGUUUAACAAGUUUAUAUUAAAUGUAGGCCUGUGUAAAUCAUUACACACUGAACGUGUGUUUGAAAUCAUGUGACUUGCACGAUUUCAAACCCGCAUUACAGUGCGUAUUCGGGGGCGAUGUGAAAGACAUCUGUGCAGGUUCAUGCACAGAUGUCUAUUGAAAUCGCCCCCGACGUCGCCAAAAGUAGUGCAGGAACUACUUUUGGAAAUUGGUGCGGCGCCGCAAAGUCGGUGUCCCGGCAGUAGGAUGCGAUUUGACAAACGGGGGCUUAAUGCAUAGGCAGGGAAUGGGGUUGCCGAUCUGUCCAAUAUUUGAGAGGAUUUCUUUUUUCGGUAAUUAGAUUGUUUGUGAAGUUUAACUGCCAUAUGUUGCUUAUGGCAGCAUUCAGGUUUCCUCAAGGUAACUCUAAAGCAUUUUCCAACAAUUCCAUGAAACAGGGUACACACUUCAGGUACUAUGUAUACAUUUAGUAUUUCAAUGUUGAUCCCCUGAUGUUUGAGCAUAAUGCAACGUAUUUUUAUAUGCAGUUCAGUAAUCUACAAGCCUUGAAUCUAAACUUUUCAUGUUAUAUAAAAACUGCAAGGUAAGGAGGUUUACCGAUUAGCAAUAGCGUUUGAGUUGUAGUGAAGCCAGACAUUACCUAUGCCAUUCAUUCUGAAAAGUUUUAAUUUACAAAGUAUAUUCCAAGCAGGUUUGACCAAAUACUAGAGAAAAUAAAUUGCUGAACCUAAUGACAUAACUAUAUAUGCUUAUAUUAUAAAGGCAGAAAAUAUUGUGGCUGGAUUACUAAAAGAAUUGAAAACCUUCACACAAUAAACUGCGAAUGUUCACUUUGGUUAUCCAAUCAUGUGAAAAGCUAAUUUAUGUACAUAUUAAAUCUGCACAUGAGUGAAGUGAAAAUUCACGCAAUUUAUUGCUUGAACAUCCACAACUUCUUUACUAAAUCAGCCCAAUUUUAUCUGUAAUUCUAUUUUUAUAAAAGUAUGGGAGAGCAUGCAUUUUGACAGUUCUAUAAAAGAGAAUUCACAGAACCAAUAAGAUUUGUGUAAAGUAUAAAGCAGGAUCUGUUAAAUUAAUUAAGUGAACAAUGCAGACAUGAACAAAUAUAUGUUCAAAAACCCUUUAAAUAACACAGGUUUGCACAUUAAACAAAAGGCAAAAUUAAAAAUGCUUAUACUUUGUUAUAUUCCUCAGCAUUUAAUACCCUUACCAAUCAAAACUUGCACCAAAAAGUUUUCUUUUUUGAUAUUUAAAAAAAAAAAAUCUUUAUUGGGAUAAUUUUUUUUUUAGAUUGGAGCUAUCAGAGAACUCAUAGGUGCUACAGUUUUUGUGACACUUGUUAAAUAUUAAGAGCAGGCUACCAUUUCAGAUUUUUUUUUCAAGCCUGCAUUUAUGCCAAUAGAUGCGUCGGCUAGUACCAAGCUAGUUAGCUCAGACUUUUCCUGACUGAGAAUUUGCAAUACUUCUGUAUAUUUUUAUACAUAUAUUUCUAACAUUAGAAAUAAGCUUUCUGUACAAAGAUCACGGCAUGCAUAUCACCAUUGUGUCCCAGCUGCAUAGUUAGGAAGCAACGUCUUUCCAUUGUAUAGCAGCUCAUUAGCUUUUUCUAAUUAUGCAGGACAUACAGUGGUGGGCUAAUGCUUGUUUUGGCUGCUGUGAUGUUAUUCUAGUUUUUUUGGCCAAGCUUGCUUAGCCUAAGCAGGAAGAUGGAAGAUAUCUCAAACUGUGCAGCUACCUCCCAAUUUCCAUGAAAAGGUCACUUGGCACAAUGAGUUUAAAAAUCUGUUGUGCAUUCGGGGCAAAGUGCUUGUGCAUUUUCCCCAUCAGCCUUAUUAUCCUGGAUCAAAUUUUUUAAAAGAAGUUCAAAACAAAAUGGAAAUGGGUAUAAAAUGUGCAGAAUUCAGCAAAGAUGGUUUCAAAUGUGAUCUCCUAAAUGACCACACUUAUAUUUUCUGUGUUGCAAAAUAUAUUACCUUUAAGUUGUAGCCUUUCUCUAUUUCAGUUAGUUUGCUGUUUCAUUGGUGAUAACUGUAGGCACCGCUAUAGCAUGAUUUAUAUAAAAGGGAAUUGGGAUCACGGGACAAUCUGAUACCCCUCGGACACAAUACACCAUUACUAGGGUGACUGUGUUAUAUAGAGAUUUUUAUUCAGUGGUGAUACCGCAAUUUGCACAGACGUGGGCUUCUCUACUAUAUUGUAAGUUAUUUGUAAAUACUUUGUACAAUAUUUGACUGUUAUUGAAGAAUAAUGUGUAGACAUUUGUGGUAAACCUUAUUUUUCUCAUGGGAGUUUGUCACUAUUUGCCUGUGAUUUAUAAGUACUUUUCACUGCACUUUACAGGAAACAUCUCAUCUGUUUAUUUUUCUGCCAUUGAUGUAAAUUUUAGUACAGAAUGUGAAAUACUGUAUGUAUGAAGAUUUCCUGGAAACAUUUCAGCAACACUUAUUGUAUUUCCCUGCUGUAUGUCUUUAUAAAAAAACAAUACUAAUUUUAAA